ACUUGUCCUUGUCGUCUGUGUUGUGUUUAUAACCUAAAAUUUAAAGAUAUGUAUUUUUGAAUUGAAUUUAUAAUAUUCCUAAAUCCUAAUGGCUAAUUCUUAAUGAAUGAUAAUGAGAUUUAACUUUUUUUGAUAAAUAAUAAAUAUUACUUUUGUUCAAUCUAAUAUACUUACUUAUUAAAUAUUAAAAUGAAAUCAAAAACAAAUGUUAUAGAACUGUUUCAAGAAGCAAAAGCUAAUCUAACGUAUGUAAAAGUUUGUGCUCCCAUGGUCAGAUAUAGUAAGGUGCAAUUCAGAACCUUAGUAAAAAACUUUGGAGUUGACUUAUGUUUUACACCUAUGAUACUUGCUGAUUCAUUUUGUCAAAAUGCUAAAGCAAGGUCAAAUGAAUUUGUGACUACAACAUACGACACCCCUUUAGUAGUGCAGUUUGCAGCUAAAAGUGUUGAUGAGUUCCUAGAUGCAUCAAAAUUAGUUUAUCCGUAUGUAGAUGGAGUGGAUUUGAACUGUGGAUGUCCUCAAAGGUGGGCAAUGAAAGAUGGCUAUGGUUGUGCUUUGCUAUCAAAGCCUGAGCUAGUGCAUAAUUUAUUGCGAACUGUGAGAAAUAACUUCCCAUCAAAUUUUACAGUGUCAGUUAAAGUCAGAAUAUUACAAGAGGUAAAGAAGACAAUAGUUAUGUGCCAGCAGCUUGAAAAAUGUGGCAUUGAUUUCAUGACAGUACACGGACGUACACCAGUGCAGAAAAGCGGGGAGGUUAUUGAUGUAGACACAUUAAAAGAGAUAUGUGAUAAAGCUACAAUACCUAUUAUCGCAAAUGGUGGUAUUAAAACUAUGCAAGAUGCUGAUAGUUUGCACGAUGUACUGCAGUGUAGCGGCAUUAUGUCUGCAAGUGGCAUUUUGAACAAUCCAGCCCUCUUCAAUGGAUACAAUAAAACUCCGCUUAGUUGUAUAAAACAGUGGAUGGACUUGAAGGACAAAAGCGGUGAUAAAUUAACAUUCCAAUGCUACCACCACCACUUAGUUUUUAUGCUUGAGAAGAUAUUGACAAAGAAACAAAAGCAGGAAUUUAAUUACUUGAGUACAUUCGAAAGUGUUGAUAACUUCUUAUAUAAGCAUAUUAUCAAUGACUGUAAUACUAUGUCAGCAAAAAUUCCAGUAAUUGAUGAUUUUGUGAUAUGCCAAUUUGAUAAGCAAAUUACUGAUAAGCAUUCUAGAAAAUGUCGUGGAUGUAGUAAGAGUAUAUGUUAUUGUACUUGUGUCUAUUAUGACUAUGAUAAUAAUAAUGGAAGUUAUUUUACAUCCUAUGUUAAAGAUGCCGAUGAACUUGAUUAUAUGGACAGCAGUAUAUUUGAGGAGUCUAGUUGACACCAAAUAAUUAAAAUGUAAAUAAGUUAAUAUUAAAAACAUGUAUUUAUAAAA